CGGAGUGAUGUCAUGUGAAGGGGAGUUCAGUUUGGGGCUGUGGACCGGACCAACACUUCCAUUGAAUCUCUUCACUUUCAAAUGGACGCUUGACUUUUCAAGAAGCCACAAUGUUGCUGAAAAUGGACGCGUUGCCAUUUCACGACCAGGAGUAGUUUUGAAGUUGUCGUCGCCCAGUCAUGGAAAGUUAAACAAGAGUAUAUCGUCAACGCGUCCCCGCCCGGAAGAUAGCAGAAAAAUGGGCCAAGCGAAAAGUGGCCGUCGCCCCGGCACUCAGUCUUCUUAGGGCGGCUGCAUGUCUCCCUCCUCCCCGUGCCAGAUGCCUGCGAAGACAGCGCCCGUGUCUCCUGCUCCGCCCGUCCCGCCGAGGAGGCUCAGGGGUCGGGAUGGGGGCUCGGCCAAGACGCGGCGUGCGGGAGGAGCGGAGAGGCGGGUGAAGUGUGUCCUGGUCGGGGACGGAGCUGUGGGCAAAACCAGCCUGGUGGUCAGCUACACGACCAACGGCUACCCCACCGAAUAUGUCCCCACUGCUUUUGACAACUUCUCGGCGGUGGUAUCAGUGGACGGGCAGCCAGUCAAACUCCAACUCUGUGACACAGCUGGGCAGGAUGAGUUUGACAGGCUGCGUCCGCUCUGUUACACCAGCGCAGACGUCUUCCUGCUGUGCUUCAGCGUCGUCAGCCCCGUCUCCUUCCAGAACGUCCCUGAAAAGUGGAUCGGCGAAAUACGGAGGCACGCCCCCUUCGCGCCGCUCGUUCUUGUUGGGACUCAGUGUGACCUCCGAGAAGAUGUCAAGAUUUUGAUAGACCUGGCAAAGUACCGAGAGAGACCAGUGGACCCAACGGAUGCUACGGAUUGUGCUGCUGAGAUUGGUGCCGUGGCCUACGUGGAGUGCUCGUCGCUGACCCAGAAGAACCUGAAAGAAGUUUUUGACACGGCCAUAUUGGCCAGCCUGCAGAACCACAGCUCCCAGAAGCACUCGAGAGGGAAGCAGAAACGUCGGACAAAGCAAAUGCAGACGCCUGACAAGAUGAAGAGUUUGUCCAAGUCAUGGUGGAAAAGGUACUGCUGUGUGGCAUGAAGCACUCCAGAUUGCUAUCCCGGAACACUUUGACUCCAACCAGGACUCUCUGGUAACCUUUAACGGAGUCUGAGUCAAACCUUUUCAGGAUGGAAAUGGAUGGAAACCAAAUUUACAUUUGUCUUAUCACAUGAAAUGGGACGUGCACUGAAAAAACAAGAGGACAUUUGUUUGAUAGAAUUGACUCAACCCUCGUGCAGCAAGAACCUUUGUUGGGAUGUACUGGUCUUGACUUCCUGACGCAGCAGACAGAUGGUGGAUGAGGUUGAUUUGAACUAGAAGAGAAAUAUUGAAAAUUCUCUUCCUGCAUUUGAAUGUGAAGAGUUUCUUUCGGACCCCCUUUCAACACUUGAGCCGCACAGUAUGUUUACAUGGUGUCAGAGCUCAAUCCAGUUAUUUGGUUGGUCCGGCUGAAACUGAACAUUUCUGACAGUGAUCGUACCAAAUAGAAUUUUUUUCAGUUGUCGCAUGCAAACAGCAAAUGGGAUUGGACCAAACUAAGACACACAGUUCUUACACCUGUUCUUUGUCUCUGAAGUGGACUACAAGAAGCCGGUAGACCAGGUCAGUUGGAAAAAGCCCAAUAUUAAAUGCUAAAAGUGGUCGUAGCGCCACAUAUGGUAGUUGAAUGGAGCGUUGAAGAAGAUCAAGAAAAUGCUCAUCCAAGAGAUCGUAAUCAGUUUUAUCCUGUAACGGGAAGUUAAUUGUGUAGCUGCAUCUGUACCGAGGAUCUCUAAUGUGCGUCUCGUGAAGAUAGCCGUAAAUCCUCUGCUUGUUGGCAUUGCGCUUGACCAUGACGCUCAACCAUUUCCCUAUUUAGAUGUUUUGCUUCUCAUGAGAUCAGUUAUUUUCAGCUGCCAGGUGCAGACUGUUGAGGCUUUCUUUAUCUGUUGGAUUGUGGCGCACUGUAUGAACAAAUGUAUGCGGACAUUCCACAGACAGGAAGUGAACACAGGAGUUAGUCUCUUAGCAACUAUACAGCUUGCACUCUUCUGGAAGACUUUUACAAGAUGUUGGACUGUGUCUCUGGGAUUUUUUUUUUUUUUGUCCGUGCAUCCAGCUGUGAUAUCAUCAAUGUUGGAGCAGAGAGAGGGCCUGAUGGCUCACAAUCUCUGCUCUAGUUCAUCCCAGUUGUGUUUGGUUGUGCAAUUGAGAACGUGUUUGUAGAGCGUGCCAUCAUCCAUGUCCACAACAGAAGUGACAACUACUUUGUAGCUUCUUAUGCAACGCAUCCAGCUCCGUGUUAUGUGGAGUUGUAAUCAAAGACACACUGAAACGUAAAGUGUGCAUCAUCCACACCUUCUUCUGUGCAUUGUUGUUACCAAAGUCAGAUCAAAAGCCAAUAAUUGUAUCUUUUCUCCAAGGUCCAUUUGUAAGAACAAGUCUUUGUGUUUAGUGUGUCAGCAUCAGAAGGGAUAAGGGUGUGAGCAAGUUUGUAGUACGGAAAGAUUUUGAAGGGCUUAUUAUUGACAACACAUGUUAGAAGGCAAGCAUAGUGACCUCUGAAUAUUGUUAAUGUGUCCUUUCUGCACAAAUUAAGAUAAUAUAUUAAGAUAGAAUAAAACGGUUUGCAUUUAAUCCAGUGUUCAUACAAACCAAUCAAUCAUACAAAGGUUUUUAUAUAUAUAUAUAUAUGUGUGUAUAUAUCCUGACAUACAUUUUUAUCAGUGGCACCAACAGAAAAAAAGUGCCCAUUAAGAUCUUUUCUUAACACAAGCCCCCAGUUUAGUCACAAGAUGUAAAUCAAUAUUGACAAAACCAAGUUUCAAUUUGAGUAUCAAACUGUGAUUAUAUCAUUGGGAUUGUUUGGUCAUUCAGAUGUUCCAGCUGCGAAUGAAUGGAUCCUCUGUGUCCAUCUUGAUAGCACUAUAUUGUUUGUUGGCGGGGAAAGGGCGCACAAAGAGGCCUGUCUUGCAGUUUGUGUGCACAUUCGCAGGGUGACGGCGCAUGGAAGUAGGCCAAAGGUCACAGAGACCCUCAUGUUGGUUGACGGCUUUCCCUGUCAGCCUUUUGCAGUUUUAUUCUGUUUGUGUUGAUGAUUUAAUGACAAGAGAGAAAGACCUGUAAUUUUAUGGUCUUUUAAAGUGAUGAUUUUUUGGCAUUUAAACAACUAAGCAAACAGUUCACAUGGUCCUCACAACCCUCUUAAAAGGCUUUGAUUGACCUUUGUGGAUACAGUUAUGACAUUUCAGUGAUUAUUGUCAAUUUGUCACUAGACAUACCAUUACAGUAACAGACAAGUGUCCUUUGAAGGGAUGUGUACUUUUCAGCUGUUUGCUCCACUUAAAGCAUUUAAAAAUGUGGUUUGCUUCGUAAUUUCUUUUUUUAACAAUAUGAAUUAUGUCUCAUCGACUUGAACACAAUGUUUUCCCUGUUAUUAUUAUUAUUAUUAUUAUUUUUGCAAUGAGAUCCAUAAAGCUCAUUAAUACAGAAGCAGGCCACCUCGAUCGGUGCUUUAUUCAGGCUGAGGUCCCCCAAAGCCCUCCUGAGCUCAUUUAACUCCAUGUACAGAAUGUGUGUUUUCUUUGUUUAUCAUAUUAGCAGUCGGUAACAAAUAUAAAUUGUUGCUGCAAUUGUUUGAUACCAUUUUGUCUGGACUCCAAUCAAAGAGGACAUUUGUACAAAAGUUUUAUAUUUUGAGAAAUAAACGACAUUUGCUCUCAUGCA